AUGAAGCUCGUGAAUUGUUCGACCUCAAAAUGGACCCGGAGGAGUGUGUUGAAGAAGGCUGAGGUUGGUGGCUAUCCAAAUGCUGCAGAUACACUACGAACGUAUAAGACUGUCAAAAAUGAUUUUGGGAGCGUGAUCAAGGAACUCAAUUCACUUGGGUAUUGCGUGUCCUUCCCCGACAUUGAUGGCAGUUCUCCCACCACCAGCAGUGGCAACCUUCUAGUGGUUGCCGUGACUCCCCCGCUAGCUGCUGUUUCUCAUACCACGACUAGUCCUACUCCCCCUACUCCCUCACUAGUUGUCGUUUCUUACACCACCAACAGUGAGUCUGUUACCAAAGACACCACCACCCUGGAAGUGGACGUGGAGAUGGCGAAUGCAAAUGCAGUCCACAAAGAAGCAAGAGGAAAGAUGAGGUGUAUCUCACUGAAGGCUCUGAAGUCCAAGUCAAGUGACAUCCGACCUUUUAAGAAACACAAGAAAAAUUGA